CAAUCAAUACCAUCAUAACCAAACGGAAGAGCAAGAAGAGCAGCAGCAUGACGACUGCGCACCGCCCGACCUGGCACGCGGCUGUAGGACAGUCUAAUGAAGGAGGAUGGCAUGCCGGAGGUGUGUGCGAGCUUUGAUCAGUCUAUACUACCCGAUUCCUGCGUAAAUUCUUGCCGUAUCGGUGUCUAAUGCGCUGUCAAAUUCGCUUUUGUGUGACAUUGCAGGCAAGUUGAGCGACCAGGUCUCGGCGCGCGAUCUACCAGCCCACAAGCGGCUUAAGAUGCGUCAAGUUGGGCAGGGUACGGCGAAUGAGGUGGAGUUGUUGGACUUGCGUGAGGAGCUAGAGCGCAAGGAGGAGAAAUACGAGCUUGAAAAAGGUCGCAAGAAAGACACGGCUCAAGACAAAUUGCGACGGCUAGAAGAGAACAAGAAGAUUUUGCUGCUUGGCGACGCUGAGGCGGACGAAAAAGAGUCGCAACUAAAGAAAGUGGCGAGCAAAUAUGACGAUGCAGACGAUGGAGCCGACUCGGAGGACUCAAGUGACUCCGAUAGUGACAGUGACGACGAAGAUGAAGAGGCUGAAUUGAUGCGAGAACUGGAGAAAAUCAAGCAGGAGCGGGAAGAGGAACGUCUUCGAAUAGAAGAAGAGGAGCGGAAGGCGGCUGAACAACAGUCACGCGAAGAGAUCCUCCAAGGCAACCCGCUCACUCAACAAGCUGCAGGUAGCGCCAAGAUGAAGCGUCGAUGGAACGACGACGUGGUCUUCAAGAACCAGUCUCGCAAUGAGCCCGAGGUCAAGAAGCGCUUCAUUAACGACACAAUCCGCAACGAUUUCCACCGCCGCUUCCUAAGCAAAUACAUCGCGUAAAAGCAGGCAGUGCUCUGUCCUUAGAGGCGAGCUGUAAGGAAUGGAAUCAUAUACUUUUCAUGAAUUACUCGCUCCUGUUGAGUCGGGUUGUUAGCCGACGAAUUAACGUACUUUGACUAUCAUCCC